UCCCCGGUUGGCGGGCGGGGCGGGGCGCGGCGGGGGGAAAAUGGCGGUGGCCGGCGCCGGCGGCUCCUCGUCCUCCUCCCGCUCCCCGGAGCGGCGGCACGACCUGCUGUCCCGCUUCACCUGCCCCGUGUGCCUGGAGGUGUACGAGAGCCCGGUGCGCGUACCCUGCGGACACGUGUUUUGCACCCCAUGCCUGCAGGAAUGUCUUAAACCGAAAAAGCCAGUUUGUGGUGUCUGCCGCAGUACCCUGUCACCUGGUAGCAGAGCUCUGGACUUGGAAAAGCAAAUUGAAACGACGGAAACCACUUGUAAUGGCUGCAAUAAAAAAAUGUAUCUCUCAAAGAUGCGUAAUCAUGCAGCUUCUUGUUCAAAGUACCAGAAUUAUAUAAUGGAAGGUGUGAAAGCUGUAACUAAGGAGCCACUUCACAACACCAGGAACUUCCCAAAUCGCUUUACCUUUACUUGUCCGUAUUGCAGCGAGAAAAACUUUGAUCAAGAAGGACUAGUUGAACACUGCAAAACAUUGCACAGCAUGGAUGCAAAACAAGUGGUUUGCCCAAUUUGUGCCUCAAUGCCAUGGGGAGAUCCAAAUUACAGGAGUGCUAACUUCAUGGAGCACCUUCAAAGACGACAUCGCUUUUCAUAUGAUACUUUUGUGGAUUAUGACGCUGACGAAGAUGAUAUGAUGGCACAGGUUUUGUUGCGUUCUUUGCGGGAUAAAUGAACCAACUAGAAGAUUAACUGUAAAACCAGACUUCCAUGAGGGGGAAAUGCCUAGCAUCCUUGCACUUCUCCCUGUACAUACCAAGAUGAACUCAGGCAUCCAUAAGUAUGGAAGACUUUAAUCCUUGUCUCAGUUUCAAACCCUGGUUUGGUAUUUCUGUACCACUUGGUCUUCUGUUAACGUGGUCUAUGCCAUUCAACCCUGUUGGUCUAAUUUUCUUACUUGUUUCACACAGAGCUUAAUUGUAGGUCAACAUGGAGGAGACAAAUCUUUUCCUUUAACAAUGCCUAUUUCUUGGUUUCUUUUGCAGUUGUGUUCAUUUGACUGUCUAAAAACAAAAAACAUUCCAAAUGGAGUGACUUGAACUAGUUAAUAAACAUCUCUUCCCAAUCUCAUUUACAUAUCUGAAAUGAUAGUAUGAGAGGUGUAUUUGUAGCUCUCUUUUCCUUUAGUGAGACCUCUAGGUGCUAACUGUAAUUGUCAGACCAGCGCUCAUUUAAAGUGACCUAUAAUGCCUGUGAUUUCAUAAUGUUUCCCAGUGUUUAAAUUCUUAUAAGCAACCUCUCAACUAUAUGGAAAACAUGUCUUAAGUACAAGUCUUCAAAGUACAAACUCUCUUACCAGAUCUCUGCACCUGUGUAAACAACUAGUUCAAAAUACUUUUGUUCUAUGCAUAUUUAUUACUUUCUUCCAUACUUUGACCAUAAUUUCUAGCCUGGAAAAUAAACUUUCAUGUUGGUCUUCUUUAAAAUGCAUCAUUUUUUAACUGUCUUAUCAAAUAAUAAUCAUAUUUGCUGGCUUUAUAAUUGAAUUGGUGGGUUUUGAAACUGGUUUUCUAGUGACUUUAAGCAUCACGCUGAUAGGGGAAUUUGGAAAGUUUUUUUUCAAUACUUCUGCUUUCUAUUUAAACUAAAGUUUUCAUAUAUAUUCCUAGUUUUCUCCUCUCUCAAAGCAAGCUGGUAGCAAAACUUACCAAUAAUUCAUAGCACUUGCAUAGCACUACCUUUAUGCACUACAGAUUUUAACAGGUAUUUUGAACUCCUGUUCUUCAUUUAAAUGUUGCUAAAGUAGCUGAAGUUGUACUUAGAUUGUUUUCCAUAUAAUAUUACAUGUAUAGGGAUUACAUUAAAAACCUAAAACAUAAAAAACAUUGCAGGUACAGCUUUCACAGAAAAAGUAAAAUAUAAACCAGAAAGCAGGAUGGCAGUUCCCCUACAUGGUGAGUGGACACUAUAUUCAAGUCUACGCUUUUACUAUAGAGAUUCCUUUUUAGUUUGUUUUCAUUAACCACACAGUCAAGAUGCUGAAAUCUAACGAUCUAAGACCUCUAACCAGAAUUUGUAAAUCACAGUAGUGUUGCGAUGUCUAGUCUAAUUUAAGCAUGCUUAAUUGGAGCAGUGGACCUGCACCACCACAGAAUUGAGUACUGAUUAAUUUAUUUGACCAGUAAAAAUAGUAUCAUCACACUCUGCAAACUGCAGCAUAGCCUCACCCUUGAAACAAGGAAACUCACCCCAGCUAAAACCUCUUGAUUAAACUUUGUGUCCAACCAGACCUCUAACAUAUUUACAUUGAACUUGGGUUUAGUGUGUUUUCCCCAAUGUGGUAUGGGGUCUUACAGACUCCUCUUUAAGUAUCUGCUUGGUGACUGGAAGCUCAGUCAUGGGGGAUAGAAAUUAAUCUCAUGGUACUAUGGAAAAAGUACUCUGUUUGGCGUUGGUUGUUUUUAAUGCUUGAUCUGCAAAGAGAUUACAAGAGGUUAGUGGUUGGAUGGGGAUUUCUGGGUUCUGGCUAGAACACAGUUUGGUUAUACCCACUGACCAGAAUCUAGAUUUCUGAUACUAUUCUAAGUGCACUUCCAUGCAAUUCUGUUAAAAUGCUUAAGGAGCAGGUAGAAGCUUUGAGCAAUUACUUUGUCAUGUUUUUGACUUUUGAAAACAAGUUACAAAUAAAGACCAUUUAAUUUAUAAAAUCCUA